AUGUAAAAUCCUAGUAUCCUUAAUUUGCAAUAAGUGAAAUAGUUUUAAGUUAGAAGACCGUAAAUAACAAAAGGUUCUCCUCUUUUAAAAGGAAAUUAAAUUUAGAUUGCAGGUACAAUGUGCUUAAAUGGGAUAGCAAAUAUUCGUAAUUAAAGCUUGUUAAGUGAUCAACCUCAGCACUUAAAAAUAAAACAACAAGAAGAAUAAGAACUGUAAUGAUUAAUAAUUAUUAGAAUAGAGGUAUACACAACCAAUUCGAGAGAAGAAUAUAAAAGUAAAACUAGUAUGAUAUAAAAUAAUAAGUAAUAAGUAGUUUGAUAAUAUAUAGGAUAAUAUAUUCUAAUUGAAAUUAAGUAAUGAGCAUCAAUUGAAUUAAUUGAAUAUGCAAUUAAUAAAGAAGAAUAAAAUUCUAAGCAAUAGACUUCAAUAAUAAUAUAAAGUAUUUAAAUGAUUGCAUAAAGAUUAAUGAAUCUUAUAUGGAAUAAAUUAAUAAACUACAAGAAACAAAUCAAGCUUAUGAAAUGCAAAUUCAUUAAUUGGAAGAGAAAAUAAAAAAGUAGAAAUCAAAAAAGAAGUAAUUGAAAGAGUAGAUAGACCAAUUAUAAUAAGAAUUAGAUGAGAUGCAAGAGAAGUAUCAGAAUAAUUCAAAUUAAGAUAUGAACUAAGAAGUAUAUAUUAAUUUUACUCAAGGAUGAACAAUAAUAAUAAUAAUAAUAACAAUAAUAGAAUCAUAUUCCUUUAACAAGAUAGCAAUUAUAUUAGUUAAUGCAAUAUUUAUACUAAGGAGAUUAGUAAUAAAUAGAGAACUUCCAUGAAUACUAGGAUUAAGAAAUCGAUCCAGAUGCUAUGACUUAUGAAUAACUCUUAGAAUUAGAAGAAUAGAUAGGGUAGAAUUACUGAUUAUAUUAGAAAUGUGCCUAAGGGAUUAACUAAAUAAUAGAUUAAGCAAUUACCAAAAAGAACAUUGGAUUAAGAUAAUAUACCAGAAGAUAAGUAAAAAUAUUCAUAUUUAUUAUUAGAUGUUCAGUAUGCUUAUUUGAAUUCAAAGAAGAAGAGAAGGUGAGAGAAUUGCCUUGCAAACACAUAUAUCAUUCUAGUUGUAUAAAAAAUUGGCUUCAGAAUAAUAAAUAAUGUCCAUUAUGUAAAACUGAAAUCGAAAUCCAAAUAAAUGAAAGUGAUGAAUAAUUGAAUUAAUAAGAUGAACAAGACUAAGAGAAUGAAUAAUAAGAUGAAUUAGAUUAAUAGUAGUCUGAAAUCGAAUGA